AUGGACACUACCAAUACCUUGUUCAUAAUCCUCAUAAUAAUAGCCUUCACACAUGUGAUGAUCAUCAACCACCACCACAACACGGCGGCCGCCGCCACCUUCAACAGCAGUAGGCCCACCCCACUACCGCCCUGUAAGGGCUCGAUAGCCGAAUGCGACCGGGAUUUGGAGGUUCUAAUGGAGUCAGAGACGAGCAGACGAUUUCUCACGCAGAGGAAAUACAUUACGCCGGGUACUCUCAAGAGGGAUCAACCGGUUUGCAAUGGUGGUGCGCCCGGUCAACCUUAUACGAACGGAGGUGGUCAGUGCGUGCCGAGCUCGUCAAAUCCUUACCAUAGGGGUUGCCCUCCGUACUACCGUUGUAGGGACGAUUCUUGA